AUGCCUCCGGUGGAAGAAUGGAGUAUGGCUGCUGUACCUUUCGGGACAGCAGCGAGUCCGUUUCUGCUAGCGACAACCCUCUCCCAUCAUCUCAGACUUAUGAAGGAGAAAUUCCCUGAAACUGCGACAGUGCUAGAGAGCUCCAUGUAUGUUGAUGACACGAUUACCGGAGAUGCAACAUUGGAUGAAGAGCUGUGCAUCUGCUCUGAAUCAACUGACAUUUUCAAAAGGGCAGGGAUGGAGCUCGACAAAUGGGCGUCUAGCUCUAAGGCACUAAACGAUGUGUUUGAGGAACAUACCGCCAAAAACAUGACCCGCACACUGGGAACAACUGCUGAAACAAAGGUGCUUGGAGUCGUAUGGAACAGAGAAGACGACGUGUUCAAGUUUGACACUUCUGCCGUCGUUGAGUUCCUCACAAGUCGAAAGAACACGAAGCGAUUUUUGCUCCAAGCAACGGCUAGAAUAUUUUACCCUUUGGGAUUUCUUUCUCCAUUCAUGAUCCGCGUGAAGACAUUGUUUCAAAAGAUCUGGGAACUCGGAAUCGAUUGGGACUCUGAACUACCAGAUGAUUUCAGCUCAGAGUGGGACACGUGCUGCCAAGAUAAUCCUAAGCUGAGCCUGCUACAUACGCUGCGGUGUCUCAUUCCUAUCAGUGAGCAGACUCGGUACACUAUCCAGCUUCACGUGUUCACCGAUGCCAGUCCGCACACGUACGGGACUGCUGUGUACCUGCGAGUGCGGGAUGAGACUGGACAAGUGCACGUGAACCACAUGCUUGCGAAGGCACAAGUAUGA